CAACAGGUGGGAGUGAUUCCUGCUGGUGGGCAUAUAAACGACGUCGUAGCCGCGCGCCCGCUUACUUUUUCAGUGCAUUUCAUUCCUGCACGCGCGGUUUGCUCGUUUCAGUUCAUUAGCCUACAAACAACACGCAUUAUCAUGGCUACUGAAGUUGGAGGUCACAAAUUGGGCAAGAUGCUCGUCGAAGGAAAGACCAAACAGGUCUUUGACCUACCUUCAAUGCCCGGCCACUGCAUGAUGGUCUCCAAAGACGUCAUCACCGCAAUGAACGGUGUCAAAUGCAACGAGCUCGCCGGCAAGGGCGCCAUCUCCAACAAAACCAACGCAAAAGUCUUCGAAACCCUCAACGCUGUUGGAAUGAAGACAGCUUUCUUCAAACUCGCAUCAGAUGGCGCAUUCAUCGCUAAGAAAUGUGAAAUGAUCCCAAUUGAAUGGGUCACACGUCGUUUAGCAACCGGGUCCUUCCUGAAACGCAAUGUGGGUGUACCUGAAGGUUACCGCUUCAGCCCACCUAAGCAUGAGAUGUUUUUCAAGGACGAUGCUAAUGAUGACCCACAAUGGUCCGAAGAACAAAUCAUCUCAGCCAAUUGGAAAUUCAAUGGACGCCAUAUUGGUCCUGCUGAAGUAGAAAUCCUACAAACCACUAGUAUAAUGGUUUUUGAGAUUUUAGAAAAAGCCUGGGCUACUAGAAACUGUGCUUUGAUCGACAUGAAAAUAGAAUUCGGCGUUGAUGAAUCCGGUGAGAUUCUCUUAGCUGAUAUUAUUGAUUCAGAUUCAUGGAGACUCUGGCCAGCUGGUGAUAAACGCCUGAUGGUUGACAAGCAAGUCUAUCGUAACCUGAAAAACGUCACCAGCAGUGACCUGGACACAGUAAAGCGUAACUUUGAAUGGGUUGCUGAGCAACUGGAUCAUCUCACACCUGCGAAUGAUCAUCUGGUGGCUAUCCUCAUGGGUAGCCCAAGUGACAUGGACUACUGUAAGAAGAUCCAAGGUCAUUGUCAGUCUCUAGGAUUGAAUGCAGAAGUACGUGUGACUUCAGCACAUAAAGGAACCAAGGAAACAAUGAGCAUGAUUAAGUACUAUGAGUCUUUACCAUUGAAGGUGGUGUUUAUUGCUGUGGCAGGUAGGUCCAAUGGGUUGGGACCUGUGAUUAGUGGUAAUUCAGCUCUGCCUGUUAUUAAUUGUCCACCGGUGAAAGCAGAGAAUGUUGAUAUGGAUAUCUGGAGCAGUUUGAAUGUACCUUCAGGUUUAGGGUGUUCCACUGUGAUCUAUCCGGAAUCUGCAGCGUUGAAUGCUGCGCAGAUGAUUGGGUUGAGUAAUUACGUGGUGUGGAGCAAGCUGAAGAUGAAACAGUUGAAUAAUUACGUGUCGUUAAGGAUGGCUGAUAAACAAGCUCACCCUGAACAGUAACCAGUGUCAAUUAUGUCAUUAUUCUAGAUAUUUUGUUAAUAAAACAAACAAAAACAAA